AUUCAAAGGAUUCCAACCUAAUCGACACUAAUACAUCUGCCCCCACAAGAUUGCAUUAAGAACAUGUCAUUUUGGGGGACAUAAUACAUCUAAACCGGCACACCUUCUCAGCUCUUUUUAAUGUAAUGCAGUUUUUGUGUACUGUAACAUAGUUUUUGAAGGCUAUGAUGAGAAGGGGAAACAGUAAGAAAGACCAUGACCUCCUUACAGGUGGAGGUCAAAGGAGAGGAGGGAAUGUUUCAGUUGCUUCCCUCCCAUCAAUAGUAUAGAAGUCCUCUCCCCCAUGACCCCUCCCCUCAGGUGGCUUCCUUGUGAUUCCAGUACCUCGCCAUGUCACUGGCACAAGGUUCAUUAUGGGGGGACUGUGCGGGCACAUACCUCCUAAGUACUCACCUACCCACCCCAUAUACACAUUCAUCUCCUCCUGGCCUACACAAGGUUUAUGGUGUCCAGUGCCUCCCACCUCACAAGCCAGUGGGGGACUUCCCGCUGGAUCUUCUGUCAAGAUCAAGCAACAACCACCAUAAGUCUGUCCUCAACAUGUUGGGAGGGGAGUGGGUGGAAGACACUCACCUAUGGAUCCAGCAGGUGUCCAGCACCCCCAGCACCAGGAUGGACGUGGUGCACCUCCAGGAGCAGUUGGACCUGAAGCUGCAGCAGCGGCAGGCCAGGGAGACGGGCAUCUGCCCUGUCCGCAGAGAGCUCUACUCCCAAUGUUUUGAUGAACUGAUUCGUGAGGUCACCAUCAACUGUGCGGAGCGGGGCCUGCUGCUGCUGCGUGUCCGGGAUGAGAUCCGCAUGACCAUCGCCGCCUACCAGACUUUGUACGAGAGCAGCGUGGCCUUCGGCAUGAGGAAGGCGCUCCAGGCCGAGCAGGGGAAGUCAGACAUGGAGAAGAAAAUUGCAGAAUUGGAAACAGAAAAGAGAGACUUGGAGAGGCAAGUGAACGAGCAGAAGGCAAGAUGUGAGGCCACCGAGAAGCGGGAGAGUGAGAGGCGACAAGUGGAGGAAAAGAAGCACAACGAGGAGAUUCAAUUCCUAAAGCGGACGAAUCAGCAGCUGAAGGCCCAACUGGAAGGCAUUAUUGCACCAAAGAAGUGAUGAUUUCCAUAUGGGUCUCAGCAAGCUCUACCACCCCAUCACAAGCCCUUUGUAAUAAAAAGCUAGUUUCAUGAGUGAACACACCAUACCCCCUGAUCACCAUCUACCUAUUUGUCAGAAGUCCCACUAUUGCCCCAGUAUUAUGAACCACCUAAGGUCUGGCAGCCAGGUUCCUGGUUAGGUAGUGGAAGGUGAUGUCUCAGGAUAUGGCUUACUGGCCAAUCUUGGGAUUUUCUAGUAAGGCCUAGAAUUUACCCCUUUCUGUUCACCUUCUUAAGUGAAGCAACUGCUUUCUCAUGAUCAUUCCUUAUCAUCACUUAUUUCUGGCCAAAUGGAACUGCUUCUCUGUCCCCCAUGCUUUUGGUCCACAAUUCAUCUUGUUCUUUAACAUGGGCUUCUCUGGCUUCAAUCCUUCCUUUAUUUGAUGUCUUUUCAUCCCUACUCUGGUGCAGCUCUAGUACCUCAUUUUGGAGCUUUGGUUUUAUAUCAUCUCAUCCCUACCUGCCAAAUUAACUGUACCCCUUCAUCUUUAGUUUCUGAGUGCCUAGGUUAGGAAACAAUGGCAGAGUCAAACCCAUGGCUUUUGAGAAAGUCAAUGUUUUUUGGAAAAAAAUACUAGUCACAGGCAUCCAUCAGGAGCUGGUUGUAUCUCAGCUCCUCCUCCACCAUUAAUUUGAUUUGUCUACCAUAUUCUGCAGAAAAUCAAACUCUGACCCUUCACCCCUCAAAUCAGCUAUGUUUAAUUAGCAACUGAAGAGGUAACAAACUUACAUGCAAUUCUAAUUAUCAAUGGCCAGGCUAUGGCCUGUAACUGCAUUUCCUCUUAAGUUAAACCAAAAACUUGGAGGCUCAGGACCUUCCUGCUUUUGCAGGCCCAGAAGACUGAAUUAGCAAUGUUUAUCUUUAAUUCGGGGUAGACCAGGGUGGGCUAGGGCAGCAAGCUGGGUGACUUCUGUCCUUUAGCCAAGUUCACAAGUUACAUAACUGAGAAGGCAUUAACAUUUUCAUGUGCAUGGAAUGCUCAAGCGCUCAGUACCCCUGAGUGGUAGGAGGGACUCAUUCCUCAGAGGAGCUGUUCUUGACUGGACAUUCGCCACGUUAAGGGCUUUAAUGCUCACUGGAAGAACUACUGUCCAACAAGAAGAGCUUUGUCUCACCAAGCUGAACAGGCCCUCUAGACUCUAAUUUCAAUUUUGAAGUCAGAGCUUUCCUCCUUAAUCCAGGUAUUCUGAAGAAUUCUAAGAUUUCACUAAAAUGACCUGCAUUCUGUCAUUUCAGUGGGAAAGAACUCUGUUCACUGAAGUCUGCCAGUUUGACUCUUUGACAGUAAAGUACUUAUCUCCUAAAUGGGUCCAUUUAACAGACCCAAUGAGGGAUGACUGAAGUUGCUGUAGCUUUUUCCUUGUAUUUUAGAGCCUAGGCCAUGUACACUACACCCUUGGAAUUUUCUUCUUUUUACAAUUCUGUAUGCUUCUGUUCUAAUUGCUAAUUGCCAGUACAAAAGAAAUACCACACUUUCCAUUUUAUAGACCUCACCUCCUGUUUAUGUCACACAUUUACACAAUCAGUUACAUUCUGGAGGAACUAAGAGGGCUAAUUCAAGUCUCAAGUGCCAAUGGACUCCAUCACUUAAGUCCUUGAGGGUAAUGCAUCUUCAUCGUUACUUUCCCUCAUGCUGGGGAAUGGCUUCAACUGUCAAACCUUAGAACAAAUGCAUUAUGACCUAAGAAGUGCCAAGUGUAUAUGAAUAAAAUGAACACAAUUCUCUGAUUGCGUAUUUUUGUAAAAUUUAAUAAACAACUUUUUAAACAUUA